AUGCACCUCCUUCAUGCAAGUGGUUUUGAUGGAGAUGAACUUACAGUGAUACUUGUACACCACAAAUACCACACUACAAUGGGCACACCCAGUCAAUUAUCGCAGCCCUACUUUGUAGUGGCUAACGACAAGUCCACACAUACGGUAAGAGACACAAAUACCGGCAACCCCGAAUCGGAACACUUUCCAAACGUCAAGUAUAUCUUUGCAGACGACGAGCCCAUAGACGACGCAGGACCAGCCGUAUACGUGGACUUUGACGAGACAGGCACGCGGGUGACCAAGUUCCACUCGGAGAUUCCUGACUGGCAAGUGACCGAUGUGAAAGUUGACUCGCUGGGGGACGUGAUCGACGACAAGAACAGCGAAUUGAGUAAAGCCAUGCGCCUGACUAUCCAGGGUAUCCAGUCGAAACCUGUAUAUCUGGACAUGGACGGGGGUCCUUCUGCGGCAGAACUGGAUACCAUGGAUCUCAGAACGCUUAAAGACUUCUUCAAGUCCAGAAAUGAUCUGCUCCAUCAGAUUGUUAGCAAGAUGCCUAUCAGAGAGGGGGAUUUCAAAGUGGAGGACUCCCAAGAGUGA